AAGAAUGACGCCCAACAGCCAUCGUUUACCACAACCUGAAUACAAUAAUGAACAUUUAGCACUACUUCCAGAAACAUUUACUAAAGCCAUGAUUGGAGUACUAAUCUCAUGUGGUGUGAUUGUAAUCGGAAUGCAGUCUUACGUUUACUACAAUUUUACACAAGUGUACGACGGAAACAGUCUUCCUAGUUCAAACUAUGCAAGCUCCUGGGCUGUUUUGUACACUGUCAUGGCUAUGUCCAGUGGUUCGGCCAACGCUUUGAUUGGAUUCUUUCUAUCCUGCGUCAUCAGGGCUAAACGACGGCUCAUGAUGAUCUUCGGGACCAUUGCCACUUUUCUCGCUGGCGUAGCAUCGGCUUUGGCAGGUCUUUGUGCCAUCGCCGAGCUUAUCAAACUCUACAAUGACAAGGAGAUACCACAACACGUUUGCGUUGGAGCAGCUGACUACGAGCCUUUUAAAAGCACCUGUGUGACGUGGUGGUGGUUGGAACUGAUGGUUGUUAUCUUUAGCGGUCUCGCACUUAUCGCCAAUUUCGCCUGCUUCGUCGUUUUAUGUGUCGAUAUUUGGAAUGGGAACUACUACAAAGAGCUACAGCAAACAAAAUUGCAUUCUGUGGAAUCGUCCACGUCAGUUUCCACCGUCAUUUAUUCCCUGUACGGCGAUCACAGUACAAAGUCAGGUGUAAUGAUACCCCGGAUUAAUAGUGUGCAAGCAGAGCAACACCGUAAACCAGAUGACAAACUUAAAUGGAAUAGGAUUAGCCUUGUUACACGAAACCCUGUUACCCAAAUAGCAGAACAACAAAACCCAUCACCUGGGGUGCAUCAAUUAACACGGAACCGACCUAGUUUACCAAUCGUCAUUCGGAAGAAUACAAGUUCAGUAUAUUUUUAUUGAUCCAAGAUAAUUGAUUUCGAUUUAUUACCUGUAUCGCUUGACAUGCCUCCUGUGCUUUAUAUUUAUCAAGCUAAAUUCUAUUCUCGUAUUCCGAUUCCAUUUAUAUUGUAGGAUUGCCUCCGAUUUGGCAACCUCCGACUGUACAAAACAGAUGGUUUAGCGUAACAAUGGCAGAAAUAAA